GCUUUUGAUGCUUCGAGCGCGCGCGCCGAGGACGACAGCUGCUGCUGCUGCUGCGGAAAGGUGAUCUGGCUUCUUAAACCUUAAUCCUCUUCGCUGUCUUCUUUCGGUCUAGAUUUAGAGCCCUCAGGGUUUUUGCAAGCAGGCGAUCCAGUGCCAAAGAGGGGCUGCGCGCUGGGAUCCUAAAUCCCCGCCACCCCACCCCCCAAUCUGAGCUGAAAGCGGCGCCGUCCAAGCCUCUCCCCUCUCCCAAGCAACGGAGGGUGGUCCUGGUAGGCGGCGCCAGAGGGGGGUGUGAGCAAUCCCCCCCCCCAAAAAAACCAAGGAACUCGCCCCCCUAUUUCAGAACUGCUGGUAUUAAUAGGCUGUCGUUUUUUCUUCCUUGCUCUCCUAAAAAUAUACUUGCCCCUUCUGUGCCCCCCUUUGUAACACAGAAGUGGUUUGCCAACAGGCCUGGUGCUUGAAGCCAGACUGUAUUUAGAAUGUAUGUGCAGGAAAAACUCAGUCUUGAGCCAAUUUGAUAGAGAGGAGGCUCCCUGGCUGAAUCAGGAAUCCUGCUCUGAUCAUGAAGACCUGCUUUUUCUCUGAGAAUGUGACUUACUUUUUAUGCCUGUGUAAAACUAAGGUGAAGGAAGGCCUCUCUAUAAACUCAGGGCUGGCAAGGGGCGGGCCGCAGGUGUGUGAGGAGAGCAGGUACAAAUUUUUGGUGGUUCAGAAGGGGGGGUCUGGACCUCGAAUAUCUUGCAUAUGCUUUAUGUAACACACACACACACACUUCUGAAUAAUGGCUUGUGUACUUGUACCAUGGACUGAGCGUUUCCGACUCUGUACAAACAUUUGCUUCUGCACUUUGACAGUAUGACACUGCUGCGAAAUGCAAUCACAUUUGUAGGUUUUCGUUUUCGUAAGUGAACAGCAAAAUUGUGGUGUGAUGCACGCUGUGCUCCACCCACGUUUAACAUUUGAAGCGUAUGGUUAUAGUACAGUGGUACCUCGGGUUAUGAACUUAAUUCGUUCUGGAGGUCUGUUCUUAACUUGAAACUGUUCUUAACCUGAUUAACUUUAGCUAAUGGGGCCUCCCGCUGCCACCGCGCCUCCAGUGGGCGAUUUCUGCUCUCAUCCUGAAGCAAAGUUCUUAACCCGAAGUACCGUACUAUUUCUGGGUUAGCGGAGUCUGUAACCUGACGCGUCUGUAACCCAAGGUACCACUGUACUGAGAUUAGUCAUUAGGAUCUUAACAUUCUCAACAGGUAACAAAUAUUAACAUACUUAUCAUUAACCAAGAUCACACAUUUCUUUUAUAUCCUGUGUAAUGCUUUUUAGGUGGUUCAUUCAUUCAUUCAUUCAUUCCCUCUUCCUUGGGUUCUGAAGUGGCAGCAGCCAAUCGCAGCCACAUUCUGGAGCCCCUCCUCCGUGCCCGCAUUACCUGUUCCCAUGGCAAUGAAGGUUUUUUUAGCUGGUUGGGACCCCGAACCAUUUUUUUCACUGGGGCCAAACCUGCUCUCAGUAGACCUGUAUCAGCCUGUGUAACCUAUAUUCUGGUGGACUCCGCUUUGCGGGGUUCCCCAGCGGCUGCUGUUGUUCUGACCAAGUAAAGUUGUCUUAAACACCACAAGUGGUGUAGUUAAUUGAAGAAAAUCCAGUUCUCCUCCUCCUCCUCCUCCUCCGUCUGAAUCUCCUUCUCCAGGUGCUGAACUGCCCUCUCUCCCUGAAGGACCUUCCUGAGAAGGGAGCAUGGCCAAGCUCCUGCAAGCGCCCCCCAAGUUCCUGCCCCCCGAGUGGCACAUCGCCAACAAGGCCCAGUACAGCAGCGCAGAGGCUGAGAGGUGUCGCUCCGAGCGCUUGUUGGACGAGAGCCAGCGUCUAGUGGAUGAAAUCGAGAGGACCACUCAGAAGACCCAAAGCGAUGUCAAUAAGAGGAUAGGUAGGUUGGGGUGGGGUUGUCUGUGGAGGAGGCUUAGUUUCUGCUGGGGAGAAGGGUCAGUUCACUGGCCUCCCUUGGGCCUCCCUACAAAAGGUGGAAUCUUCUUGGGGGUCCCUAUCUCCACCCCCAUUGUUCAGCCCGGACACUGAGAUCCAGCGCCGAGGGCCUUCUGGCGGUUCCCUCAUUGCGAAAAGUGAGGUUACAGGGAACCAGACAGAGGGCCUUCUCGGUAGUGGCGCCCGCCCUGUGGUGCCCUUCAGAUGUGAAAGAAAUAAGUAGCUAUCUUAUCUUUAAAAGACAUCUGAAGGCAGCCCUGUUUAGGGAAGUUUUUAAUAUUUAAUGCUGUAUUGUUUUUAACAUUUGAUUGGAAGCCGCCCAGAGUGGCUGGGGAAACUCAGCCAGAUGGGCGGGGUAUAAAUAAUAAAUUAUUAUAUCUCACCCUGAACUGACUGCUGAGUCAGGCAAAAGGCCCAUAAUUCCUAGCAUUCUGUCUUCAGCAGUGGACAGCUGCUCAUUUCACCCUUUGGAAGCCAAGGAGUAUUGACUCACUGGCCUGUAGACCCAGAGGGUGAUCUAGUCCAGUCUGAUUCCACACCUUCAUCUGUAGCCAUGAGGUUUAGUUGCUUAUUUGUGUGUUUUUAAAAAGCAAUCACAAAGCACGGGUUUUCUCUAAGUUGAGCCCAGAGGCCCCGCCACCGCCAGAGGCCUUGGUGCUGUGGGCUUCUCCCCUGGGCGUCACCUGGCUCCCUCUCUUCCCGCAGAGCAGAGGCUCGAGGAGAUAAAGUUCUGGAAGCAGCAACUGGAUGACAAACUCGACCAGCUUGUGAAGGAGACGGAGGUGCUGCUGUCGUUCAAGACGCGGCUGGAAAAGGCACUGGAAAAUUUCAAGCAGCCGCUUUGCAUCUCUCAGCAGUGUCUCCUGAACCGGUGAGGACGUGGGAAUAUAUUGGGGGCAUUAUUCUGGCCUCUCCCAAGUGGAAUCAUAGAACUGCAGAGAUGGAAGGGAGUCAGUGGGUCAUAUAGUCCAAUCCUCUGCACUGCAGGCCACUGGGGCAUCUGGGGGGGGCACUAUGAGAAUGGGAUGCUGGACUAAAUGGGUCAUUGGCCUGAUCCAGCAGGACUCUUCUUAUGCUCUUAAUGCUCAAUACAGCCAGUGUGGUGUAGUGGUUAAGAGCGGUGGACUCGUAAUCUGGUGAACCGGGUUCGCUUCCCCGCUCCUCCACAUGCACCUGCUGGGUGACCUUGGGCCAGUCACACUUCUCUGAAGUCUCUCAGCCCCACUCACCUCACAGAGUGUUUGUUGUGGGGGAGGAAGGGAAAGGAAAAUGUUAGCCGCUUUGAGACUCCCUAGGGUAGUGAUAAAGCGGGAUAUCAAAUCCAAACUCCCAUUCUUCUUCUUCUUCUUCUUCUUCUUCUUCUUCUUCUUCUUCUUCUUCUUCUUCUCCUCCUCCUCCUCCUCCUCCUUUCCUCUUUUUUUCUGCUCCAGGGAGAGGCGCGUUGGGAUUGACCUGGUCCAUGAUGAGGUGGAACAGGAACUGAUCAAGGAAGUCGAGGUCCUUCAGGGAGUCGUCGCUCUACUAGAGAGGACGCUGGAGCAAGCCAUUGAGCAAGUCAGGUAUUGGGGGGGGGCAUUGGGGGGCAGGCAGAGAGUGGGGAGAAGAGAGUGGGGAUUCUGGAGAGUAUGUGGGCAGGGCUGGAAAAGUGUGUGUGUGUGUAUACAGCUAUUCCCAGGAUGUGUGGAUGGGUUGCAGGUGGAACAAUCUCCUUCAGUAUUGUCUACUCUGCAGGUGAAAGACGGAUAAUAAAUUUAAUAACAGCAAGCAGUGAUGAUACUUCUGUUCCACACCUGAUCACCACUGCAGCCUGGCAUUGCCUUCCGCCCCCUUUCUGCCCCAUUCUCUUCCCCAUCCAACAGCUGAUUUUCCUCUUCCAGGCUCAACCGCUCCGCCAAGUACAACCUGGAGCAGGACCUGAAGGACAAAUACACCGCCUUUAACAUCGACAACUAUUGCUCCAACCUCAACAACAACACGCCGGAUAUCAGAUGCGCCCAGAAUGUCCUGAAGGUCGAGGAGAAGUGAGUCUCACGGCGGGUUGAGGAGGAGGGUGGCAGGUGCACAACGGGGGCAGCUGAACUCUUGUGGAGCUCGCUUCACUUCAACAAUGUGUGGGGCAAGGAGAGAGUUGCCCCAUGUGGGAACAGAUGGGGUCGGCAGUUCUUUGGGGCAGCAAUGGAGUUGGCUUCCCAAAAAAGGUUCUGCUGCUUUCUGCCCUCUGUUGCCCAGGUGGUAUUGACCAGGUGACAUAACCUCAGGCUCUUUCUACCCGCCUUCCAAUUGUUGUUGCUGGCAUCUGUCUGUCUCAAGACAAUGGAGUGUGCCUCUGCGGGUGAAGUCAAACUGCUGUGUUAGCAGCAGCAAAGUGAACUCGCAGGGGUGCAAGGCUGGGCAGUGUGUAUGGAGCUCCUGGACUGCCCAGACAACAAGACCCCCUCUCGACCUUGCUGAUGUGGUUCAAAGGGAAGCAGAGCAAUGUUUGGUACCAGCUUGGCUGCAAGGAGUUGUUGGAAGGAGGCAUACAAGGCACAUCUUAAGGACUCCGGAUUUGUGUAGGGUUUUCUCCUUAGCCUUUCCUUCUCCCCAAGAUUUCCCACAAUCUGGUGGAAUCAUAAUGUAACUGCAGCCUCUUUGCCCGCUGCUGCCCUCUGGUAAGGGCUAGACAGGUGUGUACACCCUGACCAGCUGUGGGAAUGUGUGUGUCUCCCUCCAGGAGGAAACACCUGAAAUUGCAGCUCUGAAAUUGCAGUGUCAGUCCCCCGCAAAAUAAACAAAGUGUCUGUUGAUUGCUGAGUAGAUUAACACCAUGCACCAUCAGAUUAAUUCUUUUGAUAAGGACAAACUAGUACCGUACCCACAAACACAGGAAAGUGCCUUAUGCUGCAUCAGGACCGUUGGUCCUUUCGGUUAGUGUUGUCUACCCUGACUGGCAGCAGUGCUGGCUUUCCAGGGUUUCAGACUGAGGGCAUUCUAAGCCCUAUGUGGAGAUGCUGCCAAUGGGGAUUGUCCCUUGGACCUUCCAUUGCAAGGCGGAUGCUGUUCCAUACUUCUUCCCCAAGGACAGAGGCUGACGUGGGCACCCCACACAUAAGCACACACACACACACAAUCUCUCUCUGCCUGUUUUGAAGGAGGCACCAACUUUUAUGCUUUGGAAAACCCUGAGCAGAAGACAGCUGGGACGAUAUUCCAUCUUCAGAGGCAGAGCCACAUCAGAGUUCCACAUGGAUUCAUCGCCCCAAUUCCUUAGAGAGAAAAUCUUGUUGAAUCAUAGAAUCAUAGAAUCAUAGAGUUGGAAGAGACCACAAGGGCCAUCGAGUCCAACCCCCUGCCAAGCAGGAAACACCAUCAGAGCACUCCUGACAUAUGGUUGUCAGGCCUCUGCUUAAAGACCUCCAAAGAAGGAGACUCCACCACACUCCUUGGCAGCAAAUUCCACUGUCGAACAGCUCUUACUGUCAGGAAGUUCUUCCUAAUGUUUAGGUGGAAUCUUCUUUCUUGUAGCUUGGAUCCAUUGCUCCGUGUCCGCUUCUCUGGAGCAGCAGAAAACAACCUUUCUCCCUCCUCUAUGUGACAUCCUUUUAUAUAUUUGAACAUGGCUAUCAUAUCACCCCUUAACCUCCUCUUCUCCAGGCUAAACAUGCCCAGCUCCCUUAGCCGUUCCUCAUAAGGCAUCGUUUCCAGGCCUUUGAUCAUUUUGGUUGCCCUCCUCUGGACACGUUCCAGUUUGUCAGUGUCCUUCUUGAACUGUGGUGCCCAGAACUGGACACAGUACUCCAGGUGAGGUCUGACCAGAGCAGAAUACAGUGGCACUAUUACUUCCCUUGAUCUAGAUGCUAUACUCCUAUUGAUGAGGCCCAGAAUUGCAUUGGCUUUUUUAUUUUUAUUUUUUUUUUUUUUAUAAAAUGUUUAUUAGGAUUUUACAAUAAACAUAGGUUUAACAAACUAAAAAGAAAACAUAGACAGAAAAAGAAAAAAGAUAACAAGAAAAAUACAAAAAAUUACCAAAAAAAGAAAAAAAAUCCUAGAAGAGAAAAAAAAGGAAAUACAAAAUACAAAAAACAGAUGGCUUAAAAAAAAAUUAAAGAAAAAUCCAUUUUUCAAUAUCUUUAGGCUCAUUUACUUAUUUCCUUGACCUCCUCACACCUCCCCUUUUUGUAUUCCCGUUUACAAAAUCCUUUCAGCAAAUCCUUACCUUCUUUCAUUUAUCUUUACUCUGUGACUUAACCUAUUAUAACUAUAUAUUUUUGUCCAUAUGACUAUCUGUAUUUGCAUAUUCUUUUUAACCUUAUUACCUAAACCACUUAUUUUCAAUCCAACAUCAUUUUAACAUUCAUUAAUUUUACAGUAUUUCUGCAAAUAGUCUUUAAAUUUCUUCCAAUCUUCUUCCACCAACUCUUCUCCCUGGUCUCGGAUUCUGCCAGUCAUUUCCGCCAAUUCCAUAUAGUCCAUCACCUUCAUCUGCCAUUCUUCCAGAGUGGGUAAAUCUUGUGUCUUCCAAUACUUUGCAAUAAGUAUUCUUGCUGCUGUUGUUGCAUACAUAAAGAGAGUUCUAUCCUUCUUUGACACCAAUUGGCCGACUAUGCCCAGGAGAAAGGCCUCUGGUUUCUUCAAGAAGGUAUAUUUAAAUACCUUUUUUAAUUCAUUAUAAAUCAUCUCCCAGAAAGCCUUAAUCCUUGGGCACGUCCACCACAGGUGAAAGAAUGUACCUUCAGUUUCUUUACAUUUCCAACAUUUAUUAUCGGGUAAGUGAUAGAUUUUUAAAGCUUGACUGGGGUCAUGUACCACCUGUAUAUCAUUUUCAUAAUAUUCUCUCUUAGGGCAUUGCAUGCCGUAAAUUUUAUACCUGUGGUCCACAACUGUUCCCAGUCAGCAAACAUAAUGUUAUGUCCAAUGUCCUGUGCCCAUUUAAUCAUAGCAGAUUUAACCGUCUCAUCCUGAGUGUUCCAUUUUAACAGCAAGUUAUACAUUCUUGAAAGUAUCUUUGUUUUAGGAUCUAACAGUUCUGUUUCCAACUUUGAUUUUUCCACCUGGAAGCCAAUGUUUUUGUCUAAAUUAUAAGCCUCUCUUAUUUGAUAAUAAUGAAGCCAGUCUCGCACUUUAUCUUUUAGUUUCUCAGAAUUGCAUUGGCUUUUUUAGCUGCCGCGUCACACUGUUGGCUCAUGUCAAGUUUGUGGUCAACCAAGACUCCUAGAUCCUUUUCACAUGUACUGCUCUCAAGCCAGGUGUCACCCAUCUUGUAUUUGUGCCUCUCAUUUUUUUUGCCCAAGUGCAAUACUUUACAUUUCUCCCUGUUAAAAUUCAUCUUGUUUGUUUUUGCCCAGAUCUCUAAUCUGUCAAGGUCGUUUUGAAGUGUGAUCCUGUCCUCUGGGGUGUUAGCCACCCCUCCCAGUUUGGUGUCAUCUGCAAAUUUGAUCAGGAUGCCCUUGAGUCCAUCAUCCAAGUCGUUGAUAAAGAUGUUGAAUAAGACGGGGCCAGAAACAGUAUUGUUUCAGAAACAAUACUGUUUAUUUAGUGUUAUAAGGGGGAAAAAACCCUGCUCCUUUUCCCUUAUGGGGUACCCAAGAGCCCGUGUAGAGUCCUUAUGUAGGUCCUCUAUCGGUAGGAGAAAAAUAACAGAGGCCAAUCAGAGAAUAUUGAGAAGCAAAGCAGCUAGUAAGCAUGAUCUUUAUUAAACUGUUGCAACAGGGUGCUCACCCCACCCCCACGAAGGAGGGAGGAGGAACCCAGAACAUUGGUGUGCAAGCUCUUAUAUAGAAAUUGCCUCCCCUGUAGCUCAGUACCACCCCCCUAAAACAUCAUAUAUACAUCUACAGCAGAAAACCUGUCUGCCAGGAUACCUGAUAAUGGUCACUGAUUGCUUUUACCUGGGCAUCCUGGCCAUUCUUUUGUGAUGGUAAAUGCUCAGUUCCUGAAUCAAGGUCACAGGCUCACCCUAUUCAUACACAAAUGUGCCCUUAAGGCAGGAUUUGUGAGCACAGAGACAAUGGGGAGGCUUUUCCCAUUUCAUUCCUUUUUGCAGAGAAACAUUUGAGGUCAAUUUGGGAGAGUCAAAAUGGUUUCAGGACUGUUUUCCUGUACUGUUUCAGACAUGUGGUUUAUAUAUUUAUGUAUGUUUUUGCCUGGUACAUUUAUGAACAUUUAUUUUAUAUCUUAGACCUUAUAAUUCUCAUAACAUUUAGCAUCACUGGGACCACCACCACCCCCGAACCUCUCUCCCCUUCCUGAGCCUGAAGAUUUAGGGCAGGCCAGCUAGUAGUGACCCCCCCACUUCCCUCCCCCUCUCUCAUUCCCCCGGCAGUUCGGUGAGCCCCGAAGAAUGGGAGGAUUUCUCGAACAUGAAUGUGGAAAAGGCCGACCAACAACGCAACAAUUCCCUAGCGCUGAGGGCCCUGAUCGACAGCAUCCUCUCCCAGGCGGCCAGUGACUUGCGCAAGCAGAUCAACACCGUCAACGUCGCCUUCCGGAACCGGCUGAAGGAGACCAAGAGCGCUAAGGCCAAACUGGAGGACCACCUGGACAAGGUAAGCACUGGACCGGCAGCAGCGAAAGCUCCAUCUGGUCACCACUUAGCCUGGUGGUUCCCUAAGUGAGUAGGAGCACCCCUGGGGGGGCAGUGGAAUUCCCUAGGGGGGCAGUGGAGCUGUCAGUAUCAGGCUCUGAAGAGGUGGCAUCACAUUACUGGAUUGAGUGCAUCUGUUUUCAUUAAAUGAUAUCGUUUUAAUAUGUGCAAUUGCUACAGUUUUUCUUCUUUUACUGUGUUAUUGUCUUCCAUAGUGGGUUGUGUAAACCACUGUUCUGAAUACAGUGGUACCUCUGGUUGCGAAUGGGAUACGUUCCAGAGGCCCAUUCGCAACAUGAAAAGAGCGCAACCCGCAGCUGCGCGUCUGCGCACAUGCAGGUUGCAAUUCGCCACUUCUGCGCAUGCGUGUGACGUCAUUUGCACUUCUGCGCAUGCGCAAGUGGCAAAACCCAGAAGUAACCCUUUCCAGUACUUCUGGGUCGCCGCAGGACGUAACCUGAAAGAACGUAACAUGAAGCGGAUGUAACAUGAGGUAUGACUGUAAUGCUUUUCAUAGGGUAGGGAGGAGUUGAUGGAACGAAGGGGGCAAACCGCCGGUUUCUCUUUUCCACCCCAUCACCAUGUUUAGGGCUUUUGUGUGGCAUCGGGGUACAGUGUCACACUAGGGGAGAUCAAGCAAUGAUUCCCCGCUCAGCCAUGAAGCUCACUGGGUGACUCUGAGCCACUCACUGCUUCUCAGCCUUACCUGCCCCACAGGGGUGUUGUGGGCAUUUAACGGGGAAGUGGAGAACAAUGUAUACCACCCUUGGAGAAAAAGGUAGCGUGCAAUUGCAAUAAACGAAUAAAAUUACAUAAACUACCUAUGUCAAUCCUGGGGAAGGCAGCAUGUCUGAUGCCUAUCAGGGCUCUGAACUCCCCCAAGCCAGCUUUCCACUCUUUUAAACUGCAGUGCUCAGGUUUUAGCAAUGGGCUUGGUUGAGAGGCACGGCACCUCCUUUCAAGGAUCAAUCCACAAAGAUAAUCCCCAUGUAGGGAUGGCAAAGGGACGCAGGUGGCGCUGUGGGUUAAACCACAGAGCUUAGGACUUGCCAAUCAGAAGGUUGGCGGUUCGAAUCCCCGUGAUGGGGUAAGCUCCUGUUGCUCGGUCCCUGCUCCUGCCAACCCAGCAGUUUGAAAGUACGUCAAAGUGCAAGUAGAUAAAUAGGUACUGUGCGUUGCUCUGGUUCUUCAGAAGUGGCUUAGUCAUGCUGGCCACAUGACUCGGAAGCUGUACGCCGGCUCCCUCGGCCAAUAAAGCGAGAUGAGCGCCGCAACCCCAGAGUCGGCCACGACUAGACCUAAUGGUCAGGGGUCCCUUUACUUUUACCUUUUAGGGAUGGCAAAGAAUUCCUGUAGCAGCUCUGAGGAGCAUCUUGGAAGGUGGUGGGCUCUCCUUCCUUGGCAGUUUUCCCGCAGAGGUUGGAUGGCUGUCUGUCAGGAAUCAGGACUAGAUAUCCCUUGGGGAACCCUUCCAACUCUACAAUUCUAGGAUUCUAUGCUCUGACUUAGCUGGGGCAGCAGAGAGGGGAAGUGGCGAGUUGGUCCUCCGAGAUCUUCCUGCCCUGCUCCUGACUCCGCCCUGCUUCUGAUUGAAGGUGAUGGAGCAGGUCAGUGCUCAGGAGAAGAACAUUGACUCCCUGAAGAAAGCCAUCUUGGACAAGGAGGGGCCGGCCAAGGUGGCCCAGACCCGCCUGGAGACAAGGACCCACCGGCCCAAUGUGGAGCUCUGCCGGGACAAGGCGCAAUACCGGCUGAUGCGGGAGGUGCACGAGAUCAACCACAACAUCCAGAGGCAAGUAAAACAGCUGCAGGGCCAGGCCCACCCCAGAGCUCUCCCUGGCAGGUAGCAGCACCCUCCUUGCUCCGAAGCAGCAGCCAGGAGUGGGUGGGUGGGUGCUGCCUUGCAAAGGGUGCACUUUGUGGUUCCUCAGCAGGGGGCCUUGAAGUACCCAGGCUUAUACAUUUGACUGAUGUUUUAAUGUAUUUUCCCUAGGAACUCAAAGGGACUGAGCAGGGCCUGAUUCUAGUGGGGCGAGAGGGAGGGCGGGCCCAGGUAGCAGUGCACCACCUCCUUACCUGCCUUCCUGGCAAACGGAGCUAAGUUAUGCAAAGCAACCAAAUUCACAUGCAUGUUCUCGUGGCCUUCCAACGUAGCUGGAAGUUGGAAAAUCCAGCACGGAUAAAAGAAAGGACCUUCUCAGACAGCUCAUAGUUGAAACUAUGGAACUCCCUUCCAAAGGAGCAAGAGUGAUGGCCACAAGCCGAGAUGGCUUUGAAAGAGGAUUGGACAAAUUAACAGAGGGACGAGAGGGCUACUGAUGGCUAUUAGCCACGAUGGCUGUGCUCCUCCUGCAAAGUCACAGGCAACAAUGCUUCUGGGUACCAGUUGCUGGAAGCCACAAGAAGGGAGAGAAGGCUCUUGCACUCAGGUCCUGCUUGUGGCUUGCCUUUGGGGCAUCUGGUUGACCAAGGGAUGCUGGAUGAGACGUCUGAUCCAGCAGGUCCUUAAUUUUUUAUGGAACCUCCAGGUGUAGGGGCAGUCUAUCUCAAUUCCUAGGCUGUUAGAGAUAUUUAGCUACUGUGAGAACAGGAUGUUGGGCUACACGGGCCUUUGGCUGGAACCAGCAGGUUCUUCUCAUGCGAAUUUGGUUGUUUCCCAUAAUUCUCAAGUGGAAUGUUGGGCGUAAUGCUCCCAUCAGUCUGUGGGCAAAUGUAUUCACCCGCAGGUGUCAAGAUGGAUAGAGAGAUAAUUUAUUACGGUCAAAGACCAUCUCAGAUGGAGAGUUCUGGUGGAGCCAGGAGCAAGGAGGGUCUGCUUGCCCUAUUUAGUCCCCCUCAGAGGCCCGUGACCCUCUUUCCCUCUGCUCCUCCCUUACAGGCUGAAGGAGACCCUGGCCCAGGCCGACGCCGAGCUGAAAGGCCUGAACCGCCGCCAGCUGUCUCUGGAGGAGGAGAUCCAAGUCAAAGCAAACACCAUCUACAUCGAUGAGGUCCUCUGCAUGCAGAUGAGGGAGUCCAUUGCCAUCAACAACUUCUGACCUCGCAGCAGCGCUGGUGCAGUCUCUGCGCUCCACAGACCCCCCCCCCUACACAACCCCGAAUGGACACAAAGGGGCUCAAAUCGCUUUAAACUUUAUAUGGGACAAUAAAGUAGAAGCCGAGGGUUCCUUGUAAGCCACCUCUCCCCACUGUAACACAUAGAAACAGACCCUUGUUCUGGGGCAGGGUAUGGUCAGUAGGACUGGCCGAUAUUUGGUUUUCAAAAUCGUGAUGUAUCAGCAGCUAAAUAUUGGGAUAUGCUAACAUAUCACCAUGCCCAAAAUGUAUUUUGGCUGCUUCUUCCUCCCCACCUUAGGCAGAGAGGCAUCGCCUAGCCCUACAGACUGAUCCCACAAACAAGACUGGUCAAGGGGCUUGGCCAGCUGAGGGGUGGCACAUUCCUUGCUUUUGGGCUGGCUAUGGAAGCUGCAGGAUGUGGGUCCCAUUCACUGUGGGGGCUUCAAGGUGAGUCACCUCAACAACACCCUUGUCUGCCCCCUACCCCCGCAAGUCUCUGUGAUUCUUUUUCCGCCAGAGUCAAUCCCAAAGUGGCUCUUUGCACUCAGUCACGGGUGCGAAUCGUAGCUCUUUUAUUCUCAAUAAGGCAGAGUGGGGCUUGUGUGUUGCAAAGCGCUUUACUUUGAACCUGAUCCUGCAGGGAGGCAAAAAAAUCUGGGCUGGCCCAACGCCCAGUGGUGGGAGAUGUGAUUGCCGCUGCCCAGGGAUCUUCCUGCAAGAGGGAUGUCUCUCUACUUCGACUCCUCUGCAAGACAAGAUGAGCAAAGGAGGCUCAGUUCCACAGCAGGAUUUGUUUCUUCAGGGGAGUCUGGGGGCCUUCAGCAAUGGCUAUGGGGCAGUGUGUGUGUGUAUGUCCUAUGCCAUACAUAGCCAGGCUAGAAGGCAAAGCAGGACACACACAGUUGUACAACACCCCAAAAGCGUGUUGGCUGUUUCCUGUCUGCCGCAGCAGCGAAGGGCGUUUGCUGAGGUUGCCUCUUCCCAAAGUGGCUCCCUAGAUUGGACCACCCCUUGUUCCUGGAAGCUGCCUUGUGGGCCUGCCGGGUGGGGAGGGGGGUUGAAAAGGGCAGCAGAUACACAAAAUGGGGUCUGCAAUCCCCUGUGGUCCCUGGGAGGGCAUCCUGAGGGUGGGGGUGGGCACAGCAUGCACUGGAUCUCCCGCUUGGAGGGAGAAAUGGAUCGAUCAAUCGCCCUCCAAGAGACACUGCAAGCUUUCAAGGUCCACCAACAGGGGUUGGAGAUGACACUCUAGGUGUAAAAAACCCCAAACCCAGCAAAGGACAGAGGAGCUUUCUGAGGGUGAAGGCCGCUCACUGGUGGAAGGUGGCGGACAUUGGAGGUUUCUCAACAGAGGUCGGAUGGCCAUCUGUCAGGGAUUUCUGCAUUGCAGAAGGGUUGGGCUAGAUCAGGGGUCAGCAAACCUUUUCAGCAGGGGGUGGUCCACACUCCCUCAGACCUUGUGGGGGGCCAGACUAUUUUCUUUUGGGGGGGGGAGAAUGAAUUCCUAUGCCCCACAAAUAACCCAGAGAUGCAUUUUAAAUAAAAGCACACAUUCUGCUCAUG